AUGCUUAGAGCCAGAAACAUGAGUCCUUCCAAUAUUUCUUGGGCUGAUCUCACUCCUGAUGCCAUUCUCACCAUCUCUGAAUGCCUUGAUACCCAUUCAGACCGUCUCCGAUUCCGGGCUGUUUGUCAUUCCUGGAGAAAGCCCGUUCCCCCUCCCCAAGACAAACAUCUCUUGCCCAAAGAAAUGGUUUUUCCAUCAAACAUUAAUGUGAUGGAGCAGUUUAGCUAUAGGUACGUUUUAUUUCAAUCGACGAUCUACCGUCUGGAAGAUCCGGAGGGCCCUCCGAACGACGGUUGGUUGAUCAUGGUGAAUGAAUCAGGCGAACAAGGCAAGUUCUCUCUUCUUAAUCCAUUCACAAUGCAAGAAAUUGAAGAUUUGACAGAGGCAUACUUCCCCAAAGAGCUCAACUCGCUCGGGUUUCGCGUCACUGAAGUGACUAAGAGUUUCACUCUUAGUUGGGUCAGAAAUGAACCCAACAAUCCUCAACAAUUCUUAAUUGGCGGCGCUAAUGACCUCAGAGAACUCGAACACAAGGCAGUUUUAUCAUCAGAUUUUGAAUCUGAUAAGAGAUUUUAUGUGAUAAGUGACUCUCGCUUAUGUUCAAUAACAGUCGGGGAAGACUAUUGGUCACUUUUGUAUCGAAAUAUAGAGUAUCGCGACCUCGCAAGCUACAAUGGUUUUGUCUACGGUGUUGAUCGUUUCGGAGUUGUAGUUGAAACCGAUGAAUGGAGUCACGACAGCAUCACAAUUCCGUCUCCUUAUCCAUUUAUGGGCGAUUGGUACCUUGUAAAGUCAGGUGGAGAUCUUCUUUUGGUGGGCAGAGACUAUUCUGUGUGUCAUGAUCAAGUCUAUUAUCUUAACUCCACCGACAGUUUCAUCAAAAGGCCUGGUGUUCGAGAGGAUGUGUUUGUGGAUUUCAAAAUUUGUCGGCUGGAGGAGAUGGAGGACGGCGAGAAUCAAUGGGAGGACGUUGACGACUUGGGAGAUACUGUGUUAGUCCUCAGCCGCAAGUGGUCGUUCGCCAUUGAUGCUUCGGACUUUGAUGGGAUUAAAGGCAAUCGCAUCAUCUUUGUGGAUGAAGUGAAGUAUCCGGAGUACAGCGAUGCUGAUGACAGAGAGGGUGAUGAAUUUUUAAGACUUCUGUUGCAAGAUGUCAAAGUUCGUGUCUUCGAUGUCGAAGACAACUUUGAUGUACCUAUCGAAAGUCGCCCCGAAUAUCAUAGCAUUUUCUGGCCACCACCGGAUUGGUUGAUGGAUCACCGCCCCCUGCCGCCUCAUCAGACCGGCCGCCAGUAG